UCGUUCACUGUAGUCGGCCCAUACCAUUAGUACAUAAACCUCAAGGCACGAAAAUGAGAUUUUCCUCAAACCUUAUUGGCGGCAUUCGCUGUACAUCAUCAUCGAAGGCUCGAACCCUAGUUUCGUCAUCGUCCAGACUUAGACAACAAUGGAGGUGUCUAUAGGGCAAGGGCAAGGGCAGAAGCACCAGGAAUUCACUGUCUCUAUUUCUCAUCUCUCUGCAUCUUCUUGUGCUGCCCCUUGUCCACCAGCAUUGGCUCGUUUCGGAAUCGAACCUGAAGGGGCACAGCUUAUGUUUCAUCAAGAAUCGGAGCAAAGCAAUGUCAUCCAAGUUGAUCUUCGAACUGCCCAGCUGUUCAAGUUAGGUCCCAUUGAAUCGGUCUGCAUUAAUGAAGGUUCUGCAACCAACGAGGAGGAGGUAUCUCAUUCAAGGGGAAUCACCAUUCAAUUUAAAAUAGAGGAUGAGAGCAGAGCAUUCCAUCUGGCAUUUGAACAUUGGAAGAAAGAAACAGUUCAAGUGUGUGCUGGAGGAAGAUUGGAAAAUGGAGAAGUUUUGACUUCUAGGAGCAAGUUUGAUUAUAAAAUAGAGGCUGCUUCUGCUAAAAUGUACUUCCAUUAUUAUGGACAACUACUGCAUCAACAAAAUAUGCUGCAGGAUUAUGUGAGGACAGGAACCUAUUAUGCUGCAGUCAUUGAGAACCGUGCAGACUUUAUUGGUCGUGUUGUGGUUGAUGUAGGUGCCGGUAGUGGUAUUCUGUCAUUAUUUGCUGCUCAGGCUGGCGCAAAGCAUGUUUAUGCUGUGGAAGCAUCCGAAAUGGCAGAAUAUGCACGCCGACUGAUUGCCGGGAAUCCAUCCCUGGGACAGCGGAUUACGGUGAUCAAAGGUAAAGUGGAGGAGGUCGAGUUGCCGGAGAAAGCUGAUAUUCUGAUCUCUGAGCCAAUGGGCACAUUGUUGAUUAAUGAAAGGAUGCUGGAAACAUAUGUGAUUGCAAGAGAUCGUUUUCUGCUUCCUAAUGGAAAAAUGUUCCCUACAAUUGGAAGGAUACAUAUGGCACCAUUCAGCGAUGAAUUUUUGUAUGUUGAAAUUGCAAAUAAGGCCCUGUUUUGGCAGCAACAAAAUUAUUAUGGCAUUGACCUUACUCCCUUAUAUGGAUCUGCGGUUCAAGGAUAUUUUUCUCAGCCUGUGGUGGAUUCUUUCGAUCCAAGAUUAUUGGUAGCUCCAGCUAUAUCUCAUACACUAGAUUUUACUUCUGUGAAGGAAGAAGAACUUUAUGAAAUUGAAAUCCCACUGAGUUUCAUAGCAUCUGUGGGCACUAGAGUUCAUGGGCUGGCUUGCUGGUUCGAUGUGUUAUUUGAUGGGAGUUCUGUACAGAGAUGGCUUACUACUGCUCCUGGUGCACCUACAACCCACUGGUACCAGCUACGGUGUGUUCUUUCUCAGCCAAUAUAUGUCAUGGCUGGACAAGAAAUUACUGGACAACUCCACAUGGCUGCACACAAUGCUCAAAGCUACACAAUGCACCUAACUAUGUCAGCUAAAAUGUGGGGUGCUGGAGCUGAACAAGAUGGAAUACUUCAGACAUCGUCAUGCAAACUUGAUCUUAAGGAACCAUACUAUCGAAUCGCUCAACCACAGGCAUAUGCAUGGGCCCAAGAUCAGCAACCACAUCAGCUAACACAAUCACAGGAUACUAUGGAGCCUGGCUUAGUGCAGCAACUGUCACAGGAUUCUGGGUCUUCGUUGGCUCGAUGAUAGAGAAGAACGGUUUCAAUUCUAAAGGUGAGAAUGAAGUUUUCGAUAUGGAUGGCAUUGUUAUGCUUGUAGCAUAUGCUUUCACCCAAAGCCGACUGUGUAGGGUAUUAAAAUUAUCCACCAUGUGGAUUAUGAUAUUUAACCAGCCUGAGUGAAGCUGUGUAGAUACAUUUAUAUUUAUUGGUUACUACAUGAUUUUUUGUUGGA